GCCUUUGGGGUUGGCGCUCUGGAAGAUGAAGAUGAAGAUAUUUAUGCUGUCGAAUCCCUUUCCAAAUACGACAAGGUUCUGAAAGAUGAAGAGCCGGGAGACGGGUUAUAUGGAUGGACAGCCCCCCAGCCUUAUAAAAGCAAGCCAGGAAGGAAGGAAGGAAAGAAGUAUCACGGGAAAAUUUUGGAUGGCUUCUGCUUGGCGUCUAUAUCAGUAACUCCUGCCAAGGCUUAUCCCCCUCCAGACCUGCCAAGAGACUACAGACCAAUCCAUUAUUUUCGACCUGUGAUAAAAGCUACCGCUGAAAACUCCCACUUACUGCAAGCCUUGGCAGAAUCCACGGGAAAGCUUCUGAGCAACGCAGCAGUCCAAAGUAGACACCAGAAAACCGCUACAGAGAGAAGGGAAGUGCUGGGCGAAACUGCUCUGAAAGGUAUCCAAUAUCCCGAUGUUACUCUGCACGAUGCAUGUCCUCUACCUCAGGGCUCUCAACCCCCACCCCCUGGGCAGUGGAUCGGCACCAGAAUUUGGCAUGCCAAAAGCCGGGGCGCGCAAACAAACAAAGCUCCAUCCGCGGGAUGCAGACAACACACAAAACCGCGCCCCCUGCCCUCCGAUCCACAGAAAAACCUCUUUCCACAGAACCGGACUGUGGUGCCCAAAUGUUUGCAGGGGUGGGACACUGGUCUACCUGGAAUCUGCAAUCAUAUUGUUCUGACUUAUUUCUUUGUAGGCAUUUUGGAGAUUAUGUUCCAAGAUCAUCCUUAUGGUGUCAAAUCUAUCUGA